AUGGAUGGUGGCUGGACGGUUAGUGUGUGUGAUAUGGAUGGUGGCUGGACGAUAAUACAGCAAAGACUAGCGGGCUUUACAGAAUUUGACCAAACAUGGAUGAACUACAAGUUAGGCUUCGGCAAACCAUAUGAAGCAGAUUUUUGGCUAGGUAACGAAAACAUCUGGCGACUAACCAAUGCCGCGGGCAUUCAGAAACCAUACACUCUCCGUGUGGAGUUAACCAGUGCGGAGGGAGAAACAAGGUUCGCGGAGUACGGCUACUUCCGGAUCGAGGACGAGUACAAUGGUUACAGGCUCGUUAUAGGGAACUACAGUGGCAAUGCGGGUGAUGCCAUGCAGACUCAAAAUGGGACGAAGUUUAGCACAGGUAACUAUGAUCAUGCAAUGAUUAUGAAUAGUAACUGUGCUCUUGAUCGCUCGGGUGGAUGGUGGUUUACAGACUGUAACCAUGCCAACCUUAAUGGUGCAUACAAACCUGGAUCAGGGCACAAUGGUAUUUUCUGGGAUACUUGGAAAGAAGCUAUUGAUUCAAUCAAGGAAGUCAGGAUGAUGAUUCGACGUGGCGACUAA